ACACUAUGAGGGACUCGACCCGCGUGUACCCACAUACAUCGUGUCUGUGUGUUGUCUUAGCCCCUUUACCUAACGUUCAUAGCGUCGGCAGGCUCCCUCUGCCUCUCGCCCCAUGUGUCAGCUCACCCCCUACCUCCUCCCUCCUACCAGCAGCCAUCGACUGUGUGGUGGGCUCCUGGGGGCCCUGGUCGCCAUGCACGUCCCCCUGCGGGGUGGGCAGCACCGAGAGGAGCCGCCAGGUGUCCGUGCCCCCGAGGAACGGGGGAACGCCCUGUCCUGACCUCAGGCAGCGGAGGGGCUGCUAUGGCAACAACGCUGUGUGCAGCACAUCUAAAGAGGUGGCUAAAAUCCUGCCUGACUCCUUCAAGCGGAUUUUCAAGGACCCAUGGAGGCGACCACACAUGCUGAUGAAGGAGGAGAAGGCCAGUUACUGCGUGUACCUGCGGGUUAAGCAGUCCAGUGCCGCCUGCAAACUGAAGCUGUGGAGCGCCCAGUUGGUCCGAGAGAGACUGGUGUGUGCCGAAUGCCAGAGUGACGCCAUGUCCAAAACCGACCGCUGCAGCGGAGACGGCAUCGAGAGCACCAGGACCUUCUGGGCGGCGGCCUCCGUGCCGGGUUGCCAUGGUUCCUGGGUGCGGGAGUCGUCGACGGAGGGCUGUCGCUGUGCGCCGUACUCGCUGCUGUUUGUGUGAGCAGCCUCCAACGCCCCCCCCCCCCCCCCCCCCCGUGCACACAGCCACGUGGUUCAUGGGGUUAUGACCGCCAAUACCUUUCGUAAGACCCAUAACCCAACCAACACCCCCCCCCCCAACGCCCGCCACGCGAUGCCCCCCCCCCCCCAGGAGAUCAGCAGUUUCCUGCCACUUUUCUACUUUGCCUCACUCUCUGUACUACACACACUACGAUGAUGCCUGAAAUAAUGUGCACACGUUCUAGCAUUUAGAAAUCAAUAUUUUUCUGCAGCCACAAAUAUUUCCAUUCCUCCUCCAAAGCACAGAAAUGCCUAUAUGCAUUUUUACCUCUGACUCUUUGCUAUCUACCUCCAAUAAUGCAACUGCAUUUGAUGCCUUAAUGUAUAAAUAUAUAAAUGUAAUAUUUUGCUUUAUACAUUUUCUACUUACGAGUUUUUACGUGUAACGUGUAUGUGUCUAUAUAGCAAUGAUUAUGUGUAUCCACCCGUUUGUUUGUUUCCUUUUCUAGAUCCUUGUUUCCAUAUCUUCGUUUAAUUUUACAUUUCGCCACAUUGAUCAUAACAAAUCACUUUCAUCCGAAUGUACAUGCCAUCUUUGAAUGUGUGUCCAAUCAAUCGACUCUCAGGGGUUUCAACAAAGGAGUUUUUGUCCCCCCCCCAUGGAUCUAUGCCGUCAACAAGGCUGUUUAUGUAGAUAUCAAACAGUGAAUUAUAAAUUAAAACUACUUGGUGUUUGUUAUAGGUAAUAUAAGCUAGGGUGGAACAGAUUCCAAAUCGGUGUGGACUCGAGCCGUUCCACCUGUCCAUGGCUGUAUGCAGUUACUUUUUCAUUUUGUUAUCCCUGUCUCCAACUCAUUCCAAAAACAAACCAAAAACUAGAUUGGCUUUAAAGGGGAGUUUUCAACAACAUCGCUGCGUCUUGCAAAAAGUCACACCUCUGCUCCCUAGCUGUAGACUAGCUGCCGGCCUGUUGCUUCACUCCCUUCUCUCAUUAGCAGAUUCUCCAUCUCCUCCCUCAUCCUACACAGCUCUUUAGCACAGCCGGAGUACCUUAGCGGUUGCUGUGUUACAUAAGGCCACUGUGUGUUUAACAUUUCCACUAAAUAACAGCCUAUGCUCAAUGAGCACAUCGCUCUGACUCUGUUAUGCUCGCUGGAGGAUAAGUUUAAUGUUCGGGCGAACGAUCUGCCUUGACAUUAAAAAAAGAACCCUGCCAUGUAUUUCCCUUGUUUAUGUGUAUUUAUUUAUUUUCUUUCCAAGCAAGCAAGGAUGUAAUUAGGGCAGCACUGCAUACUCUUGUACACUGUUGAUUAGUGAAAAAUAAAACAAAUAUACAGCCA